ACGAGGAACAAUCUCGAAGUUUCAAGUGAUGAUAAAAAGUUUCUGAAAUUUGAUUUCACACCUUCUGUGCUCGAUGUAACAAAGCAAUUUCCGGAUGAAUUAUGACAUUUGUUUGGCUUGUACCUUCCUUCUACUAUGGUAGUUCAGGGUAGAAAACAAAUCAUGAAGUCAGCAAAAGAAGUAGCAAGAUUUAAAUCUGCGAUAAAGCAGCCAAUUGGUUUAGGUUGUUCUAGAUUAAACGCUGACCUUAUUUGGAUUCGUGGAAUUGAAGCUAAAAUAAAGAAAGUAGACAUGCAAGGUAAUGAAAAGGCUACUGUCAAGACUGUCACAAAAGUAGGGCGGCCCUCGGGUCUUGUCGAGUUAGACGACGAAAGCAUAUUUUUCAGUGAUUUAGAUAAUAAAAUGGUGAAAAGGUUAUCCAAAGAUUUGCAAGAAGAAGCAGAAAUAAGGUUGGACUGGUAUCCGAUGGGACUGUGCCUCAGCCGAAGCGGUCACAUUCUCUUGUGCGCUGCUUUUCUACCAUGGCAAGCCACAGACGCUAGUGAUCGUGGAAAGGUUUUGCGAAUGAGCUACAAUGGAGUAACACUGCAGGAAAUAAUGAAAGACGAUGAAGAAAAACACUUGUAUUGCAGACCUAUUUGUAUUUCCGAAAAUAUAAACCAAGAUAUUUGCGUUUCAGAUACAAGAAGGCAUUCUGUAACCGUUGUUAAUAGAACAGGUCUCCUCCGAUUUGCCUAUGCGGGUGGGGGAUUUCAUAAAGACCAAGAAGAAUUUAGACCUGCUGAACUAGAUACCGAUAGUAUCGGAAAUAUUGCAGUGUCUGACCAUACCAAUAAUUUGGUUCAUCUAUUAGACAUUGAUGGAAAUCUUAUAAAAUACUUGCUUACAGCAAAGGAGGGUAUUUCUGGCCCAAGAGGUUUAAAAGUUGACAAAGAAGACAGAAUUUGGAUAACAGAGGAAAGGACUGGUUACGUAAAAAUAUUCAAAUAUUUGGAGUAG